AUGCCUGUGAAGGAAGCUCAGCCGUUUACUUUCAGCUAUGAGGUCUCUUUCGUCGAGAUGGGAUGCAUAUCCGAAGAUGGAAGAUGCAAAGAAAUCAAUCUAAAUGUGCAAUCCAUUUUGCCAAGAUUCCAAAGUCGAAGCACCACAAAACUAAGCCCGGGUCGGGCAGAAUCAACACCGCCCCUACCCCUCCUCCUCCUCCUCCUCCACCUCCACGCCGUCAAUGCUUCUCACGAGAUUCAGCUCCCUCACCCGCAGCAAAAACAUCCUCAUAUCGACGAAGCCCAUAUACUGAAUCAACUCUCAGACAUCCUGCCAAUCCGUCACAGCCCUGUAAUUCGAAAACCAAAUUCCUCCUCUGAUAAGGGAAUAGAAACCCGGGCAGUUGAUGGAUUUUUGCCUCCCGAAGAUAAAUUUCGUGGGAUUUUUCUCCAGAAAAUUCUUGGUAAAAAUGCAAUUGAAACGGCAUUAACUAAUGUUGGGAUUGAAAUUACCCCUGAUAUACUUGAUAAAGUAGUGAAUAGAGGCAAUUUAGGGGGCGAAGCCAUGGUUAUGUUUUUCAAUUGGGCAGUGGAACAACCAAGAAUGACUAGAGAUGUGGAUAGUUAUCAUGUGAUUAUUAAAGCAUUAGGUAGGAGAAAAUGUUUUGAGUUUGUGGUGGAUAUGUUGUUUGAUAUGAGAAAAAGAGGAACAAAUCCCAACUGCGAUACCCUUUUUAUAGUUAUGGAUAGUUUUAUCCGGGCUCGGCGGGUUUCUAAAGCCGUCAAAAUGCUUGAUGAUUUAGAAGAUUUUGGAUUAAAAUGCGAUACUGAGACGUUUAACGUUCUUCUGAAAUGUUUAAUUCGACGAUCACAUGUAGGAACUGCAAGUUCAUUAGUCAAUAAGAUGAGAGGGAAGAUUCGCUUUAAUAGUGUGACCUAUAAUUCGGUGAUCAGUGGGUGGUCGAGAUUUGGCAUAGUUAGUGAAGUUGAGAGGAGCUUGGAGGCAAUGGUGGAAGAUGGAUUGAAUCCGGAUAGCUUGACUUACAGUUACAUUCUUGAAGGCUUAGGGAGAGCUGGUCAAAUUGAUGGUGCUGUAAAGAUUUUUAGGGAGUUGGAGGAGGGGGGUUGCGUUCUUAAUGUUGAGGUUUAUAAUGCAAUGAUAUCUAACUUUGUAGUUACUGAUAAUUUGGAUGAGGGAUUUAAAUAUUACGAGAUGAUGUUGAGAGGUGAUUAUGAGCCUAACUUGGAUACUUAUGUCAGAUUAAUAUCUGCUUGUUUAAAAGCUCGGAGAGUAGCAGAUGCAAUUGAAUUGUUUGAUGAAAUGUUGGGCCGUGGGAUCAUUCCUUCAAUGGGUACUGUUACUUCUUUUAUCGAGCCCUUGUGUGGCUAUGGCCCUCCUCAUGCUGCUCUUAUGAUUUAUAAAAAGGCAAGGAAAGUUGGAUGUAGAAUAUCAUUAAGUUGCUAUAAGCUUUUGCUUGUGCGACUUUCUAAAUUUGGCAAGUGUAAUACCCUGAUGAGUAUUUGGAAUGAUAUGCAAGAAAGUGGUCAUUCUUCUGAUAUGCAAGCUUACGAGUGUAUCAUUAAUGCAUUUUGCAACAUAGGGCAGCUUGAAAAUGCUGUUGCAGUCAUGGAGGAGUCUUUGCAUAGAGGAUUUUGCCCCAGCAGACUUAUUUGCAGUAAAUUGAACAACAAACUCUUAGGUUUAAAUAAAACAGAGGUGGCCUACAAGCUGUUUUUGAAGAUAAAAGUAGCUCGUGGAAAUGAAAAAGCACGGAUAUGUUGGCGUGCUAAAGGAUGGCAUUUCUAGAUGUUCCUGUCCAUUAGCUUGUGAUUGCAGUUGCUGGGAAUUCUUCUUCAGAUAUCAUACUAUGAAGGAUAAGAAUGAGACACUUUUCAGUGGAAAGCUCGAUAAUAGUUUGUCAUUGAUUCUUCUUAAGGGUUGUUCUGGUGCUUGAGAAGUGGACUCAAAUAUACUCCAAGUCUCACUCGCAGCUGUACGUCAUCUCUCAAGGUCAAUAUACAGCUCUCAUGUUUUGCUUGCUGAACUGUUGAAUUUGUUGAAGAAGAAAUUGAUGAUUGGCAGGCUAUUACUGAAUCUUUCAGAUAGCAACUGGUUUUGCUCAAUGCUUCUGGGAUGUAGUGCAGAGUUCUGAUGAAAAGUCCAUGAAAAGUAAAUCCAGGCAAAGAUUAUACAUUAUGUGACAAAUCAUGCAUGCAUUUGAAUGACUGCCACA